AAUGACAGAGCGCGAGAGACGCGCGCACACAGUUCAGAGAGAGAGGAGGGCGAGCCGAUCCUCAGUCGGUGUGUGAGGGAACAGACGAAGGAGAGCUCUGUAUGGACCUGCUCACACACAGACGCACUCGUUCACGUUCAUUCUCACUCUUCUCCGUCUCCGCUUUAGCUCUCAUCCACUUCCUUUUUUAUUCUUGCGCUUUCACGGAGCGAAAGGGGGAACGGGAAGGGAAGAAUGAGGAAGAAGUCCGCUGUGUUGCGCUCCUCGUCCCAACAAAUGCGGGUUUGCUGAUGAAGCGCCGCUGCGGUCACCCGGUCACACAGGACGCUCAGGUUCCGCUGCAUGGAAACGAGGAGUAGCAACAGAUAAACUCAGUGCAUGGGAAUCCGGACUCCUCUCCCCUCCUUUUGUGCGUCUCGGUCAGUGGGUACGCCGUCUUGGCAGGCGUAUAAGAGCUCACUGCGUCUCCAUUACCAUUUCCCACUACCAGCUUACCUCUACGACCACUCCUCCUCCUCUUACACCGUGUACUGCUACUAUUACUAGCAGAGCUGAAGUGCUGCUUUUACUACUGACCGGUGUUCUCCGGAUUGUGGCCGUUCUCUGGAUAGAGAGGUUCAAGAUUGUCAUUAGCUGUCACCUCACAGUUCUGGUGUGGACGUCACCAUGGGCCUUUGGGAUCACUCCUCCUUCCUGUCCUCUGCUUUCAGGCUAGCAAUCAUCACAGUGAUUCUCCUCCUCAAGCUCCAUCCCUCAGUGGCUGGUGCCCCUCCUGAGCCAAGCUUUGAUGGCUCAGUUUCAGCAGUAUCUACCAAUAAAACUGAAUGCAGCAAGCCUGAGCAGUGUGCCCCGGGGGUCAUGCUGCCUAUCUGGGAGCCCCAAAACCCAUCAUUUGGGGAUAAGGUUGCUCGAGCAACAGUUUACUUCGUGGCUCUGGUCUACAUGUUCCUGGGAGUUUCAAUCAUUGCUGACCGUUUCAUGGCAUCAAUAGAGGUCAUCACAUCACAGGAAAAGGAAAUCACCAUCAAGAAACCCAACGGAGAAACCACCACCACUACUGUUCGGAUCUGGAACGAGACCGUCUCCAAUCUCACCCUCAUGGCUCUGGGCUCUUCGGCUCCCGAGAUCCUGCUGUCUGUCAUAGAAGUUGUGGGUCACGGUUUCAACGCUGGCACGUUGGGCCCAUCUACCAUUGUGGGCUCUGCAGCAUUCAACAUGUUUGUUAUCAUCGGGCUUUGUGUGUAUGUCGUGCCUGAUGGUGAGACGAGGAAGGUCAAGCACCUCCGCGUGUUCUUUGUCACAGCCACCUGGAGUAUCUUCGCCUACAUAUGGCUCUACCUGAUCCUGUCUGUGAUCUCACCUGGUGUUGUGCAGGUGUGGGAGGGGCUGCUCACCUUCCUCUUCUUUCCCAUCUGUGUAGUGUUUGCUUGGGUGGCCGACCGCCGCCUGUUGUUCUACAAGUAUAUGUACAAGCGCUACCGCGCUGGCAAGCACCGUGGUAUGAUCAUUGAGACCGAAGGUGAUCGCCCACUUCCUUCCAAGGUUGACAUUGAGAUGGAUGGGAAGAUGCUGAAUUCUCAUGGCGUUGACUUCCUGGAUGGUCCGCUGGGGUUGGAUCUAGAUGAAAAAGAUCUGGAUGAGGAGGAGACUCGGCGAGACAUGGCCAAGAUCCUAAAGGAGCUCAAACAGAAGCACCCUGACAAGGAGAUGGAACAGCUCAUUGAGCUUGCCAAUUACCAAGUUUUGAGCCAGCAGCAGAAGAGUCGUGCGUUCUAUCGAUGCCAGGCCACCCGGCUGAUGACAGGUGCUGGCAACAUCUUGAAGAAACAUGCAGCUGAUCAGGCACGAAAGGCUGUCAGCAUGCACGAGGUUCGCUCUGAUGCUGGUGAUAAUGACCCCAUAUCUAAGAUCUUCUUUGAGCCUGGCUCUUACCAGUGCCUUGAAAACUGUGGCACAGUGGCUGUGAAUGUGGUGCGACGUGGAGGUGACCUGGGCAAAACGAUUUCUGUGGAGUACCGAACAGAAGAUGGCACGGCCAACGCCGGCUCAGACUACGAAUUCACAGAGGGUGUGGUGGUGUUCAAGCCUGGCGAGACAAUGAAGGAGAUCCGUGUGGGGAUCAUUGAUGAUGACAUCUUUGAGGAGGAUGAAAACUUCCUGAUUCACCUAUCCAGUGUCAAAGUGUUGCCACCAGAGGGAGAGGAACCAGAGGAGAGCGAGACAGCAAAUCAUGUGGACUCAGUGGCCUGUCUCGGUUCACCCGCUACAGCGACUGUUACCAUCUUUGAUGACGACCAUGCCGGUAUCUUUACGUUUGACGAACCAGUAUGCCAUGUAAGUGAGAGCAUUGGCACCAUGGAGGUGAAGGUGCUGAGAACAUCGGGGGCUCGCGGCCUGGUCAUGCUUCCAUACAAGACAGUGGAAGGAACAGCAAAAGGCGGCGGAGAGGACUUCGAAGAUACUCAUGGUGUCCUGGAAUUUCAGAACGACGAAAUCUUUAAAACCAUCAAGGUGAAAAUAAUCGACGAUGAGGAGUAUGAGAAGAACAAAACCUUCUACAUAGAGAUCGAAGAGCCUCGACUGGUGGAGAACAAUGACACCAAAGGUCAGGAAGAGGAGGAACAGCAGAAGGGAGAGGAGGAGGAAGAAGAGGCAUUGACGGGAAAAGAUGAAGAGGAACGGCGCAUCGCUGAAAUGGGCCGUCCCAUGCUGGGAGACCACACCAAACUGGAGGUCAUCAUAGAGGAAUCAUAUGAGUUCAAGAACACGGUGGACAAACUGAUAAAGAAGACCAACCUGGCCCUGCUGGUCGGAACCAACAGCUGGAGAGACCAGUUCAUAGAGGCCAUCACUGUGAGCGCAGGUGAGGAUGACGAUGACGAGGAAUGCGGGGAGGAAAAGCUGCCAUCGUGUUUUGACUACGUCAUGCACUUCCUCACCGUGUUCUGGAAGGUUCUCUUCGCCUUUGUCCCACCUACAGACUACUGGAAUGGCUGGGCCUGCUUCGUUGUGUCCAUCUGCAUGAUCGGACUGCUCACUGCCGUCAUCGGGGACCUUGCCUCUCAUUUUGGCUGCACAGUGGGCCUGAAAGACUCCGUCACUGCAGUAGUAUUUGUUGCACUGGGAACCUCUGUACCAGAUACCUUUGCCAGUAAGGUAGCUGCCAUCCAGGAUCAGUAUGCAGAUGCAUCCAUUGGUAAUGUGACAGGCUCCAAUGCUGUAAAUGUUUUCCUGGGCAUCGGGGUGGCGUGGUCCAUCGCUGCCAUCUACCACCAGAGCAAGGGGGAGGCCUUUAAGGUGGACCCUGGCACACUGGCCUUCUCCGUCACGCUCUUCACCAUCUUUGCCUUUAUCUGCAUUGCCAUGCUGAUGUAUCGACGGCGGCCAGAGAUCGGUGGAGAGCUGGGCGGGCCCCGAACUGCAAAGGUCCUGACUACAAUGCUGUUUUUCAGCCUGUGGCUCCUCUACAUCCUCUUCUCCUCACUGGAGGCCUACUGCCACAUCCAGGGCUUCUAAGAUCAUGACAGAUGACAAAGGGAAGGGUGGGACAGAAGAAGAAGAUGGAGGAAGAAACCAAGGGGAGAUUAAUUGAUGGAUUUGCAAAUUAAGGCUGUCUCACUGAUACAUCACACCCUCCCUUUACGCAAUAGAUUGAAUGACAGAGGGAUGUCUGUACAAAUGAAGGAAUGAGAACACAUUAAAGCAUCUAAAAGAAGAAUAGAACAAAGUAGACAUGCAUGGGAGGAUGACAGGAAACACUAGAAACACAGGAGAUAGAGAACUAUCUCAGAAGAUGGAAAAAAGUAUGGAAGAAGGAAUAACUAAGGAAUUCAUUUUUUAUCUCAGUCUAUAAAUCCGAACCAGUCAAGUUGUCUUAAACCCACUUCAAAUAUGUAAAACUAGUCGCAAACGCACAUGCGCACAGAAAUAAACACACGGAAUGUGUUCCAGGUGGUUUAAUCAUACAGAAAUCACAAUGUGUUAGAACAAGAUGUGGAGUGAGAGGUAAGAACAGAAUGACACACUAUCACAGCUCCCAGGGUGUGUGGCUUCAACAACAGCAGCGCCGCCGUCCAGUUGGAGCAGUGCUACCGUAACGGGCACAAGUGAGACAGAAAAACUGGAUGCGUUUGUACAUGCAUGACUAGAUGAUACAGAAAAUGCAAUCAAAAGAAACCGGAUAUAUUGCCACAGCUGUUUAAGGACAAUAAACUGUGAGUGCAAGUGUGUGAGUGUGUGUUUCUGUGCUUGUGUGUUGUGGAAAGAUGGUCAAGUACUGUGAAAAAACCUCUCAUUUUGCUGUCACUGCGUGAGAUGAAAUAUGCUUUCGUAUUCGAGGUCUUUUUGACUCUCAGCCUGUAGGAACGCUCAGCAAGACUUUUUUGCGGGAGUUCAGUGAACUGAAAGGUUUUGGACCUUGAGGUUAGAAAUGUAAAUAUAAUAAGCUGAACUAUUUUCCUUCUGAAUGUCAUGGUCACACCAUGCACUCCUGAACAGGCCACUUUUCUGUUGCUUUAUACUGUAGAUGUAAUUGAUUUAAGGUAAUUUGAAACAAGAAGGGUUUAGUGUGCUUUUACCUUUAAUAAGGCCAUGUCUGCCAAGACAAAAUGGCCACUCUACCGUUUAAAACUGUUAGAGAAACUAUUAUCAUUGCAUAAAUAUUUAGUAAUCUUACAUGUGUUGGUUUUUGGGUUUUGUUUUUUGUUUUUUUGUUUUUUUUACUGUGGAAUUCUGUAACCUGGAUUUCCACCAGUGCGACUGCCACAUGUGUCAAUCCGAACAUUGCAACAGACUGAAAUUGUUGGUACCCCUCUCUGUGAAACCUCAUAGGCGGUUUCUUCACUGCCUCUGUCGUUCUUUGUCUCGCCUUGAUGCCACUUUCCCAUUGGUUCACUCAGCAGCUUUGGUCAUUAUCCCUGUGUGUCUUAAGUACUUCCCCUUGGCUGGUCAGUGGACCAAUCAAAAUCCUCAAGGGCUUUGUAAGUAAGAACCACUAAUCCCUAACCCUGACCCUUGAUUUCUAAGUCUUCACAUAGACUGGUCCUUAGGGGGCUAUUUAACAGUCAUUUCUAUUCUUUAACCAUACAUCAACCACUUGUUAGGACGUUGCUUUAUCAAGACUACAUUAAACAAAAGUUUCACAGCUACAUUUAGUGCAGACAGUGAUGGGCCAAAUACCUAGAGUUACCCAAAUAUUAGAAAACGUGACCCAAUGAUACAAAGGGCUUGGUCAGACAAGGCCUCAACUUUAUGGGAGUCCUUCCCAAUUGAUUACAAAUACUGCUUAUACAUUGCAGCUAGCUGUAUUCCACAUUAAUGCAACCAUUCUACAGUAUGUUUGUCCCCAGGCUGCUUCCAGGCAUUAUUAUGCUGACAUGUAUAUAUAUUAGCAUAUAGGCUUGUGAAGGUGUUAACCUCAAGGGCGUACUGAACUUCAGACUUUAUAUUAGUUCUUUAUUCCAGGACAAGUGUUUGCUCUUGAAAAAAGACCCAUAAUGUAAUUUUUGUGAUUCACUGCUUUACGCCAGACUUGGAAACUAACCAUUAAUACUUUGCUUCAGCAAUCAGUUGCUAGUCUUAGCUUGGGAGCUAUCACAUCGCUCGGGUAUUAAGAAUGAUGGAAAAGUAUUUGCCAUUGGUGCAGAGGUGUAUGGGCUUGCAACCAGAUACAAACUUGUUGUGCAACAGCAGUCCUGUAGGGAUAUCUAGCAAAGGAUACAACUAAUCCAUACAACCUCUGUUUAACAAGCUGAAGCACAAGAGGUCUGGGGAAAUUGUAUUAAAAGUGGGAAAAUUAAAAUUCUUGAAAUCCUAUUACACAACUAUUGGGCAUAUGAUGGGAAAUGUCCAUCUCUGGAAGCCUCUGGACGCUGUGUGAUUUCAGCAGAGUCAGGCUCUCUAUUGGUUUACACUGAACAGAUGUAAUUAUUGAAAACUAUGUGGUUAAAUGGCCUCCAGCUUUAUGUCAAAAGGCAUGUUAUAAAGCCAGAGUAGAUAACUGACAUUAUCAGACACUAACUUGCUGGGAAUCUACUUUCCAGUCAUUAAUUGACAUGGAAUAUAUAUCAUCAGUACAUAACACACAAACAACCCUGUGUUGAGUUUGUUUUGAAGUAUGUGUAGAAUAUAAAUCUUCAAGUCUGUUGACUGUCGGAGAGGUUUACACCUCAGACUGUUAUUUUACUCGUUCAGGCGAAAGAGAAAUCUCCUCGUACAUAAAACUUACUGUAUAUGUAGACGUUCUAAAAGUCUAAGUUUGUUAAGUGGCACUAUACUAUAUGAAUCUGAAUUGGCCAGAAUCUUC